CAUUUGCAUUUGCUUGCAUAGCGAAGUGAGCGAUGGAUGCGAGUCCGAGUAAUAGUAAUAGUUAUUGGUGAAGAUUUAUUAAGAAACUUGUGCUUUACCGUGCUCAAAUAUAGUUCAUGGGUUUACGAAAAUAAAUAUUGAAUGCUGAAUUGACGUGCAUUUUGCAAGGACAUGCACAGGAUUUUCCUUUAAUUAUCUUCAAUGAAAGUAGUUCCAGACACAGAUCUCAAGCCCGUAGGAAUUGGAAAUAGUUUUUGGGAACAUAAUAACUUAACAGAUAAGUUAUCAAUCCAACUGGAGCGGUCAAGUGGAAGCGGAGGGGGUCAACGGGAGGGGAAUGUCAACUGGGCCACUCAUCUCCUGGAGAAGUUAGGAGGCAGCCCCGGCACCACUGGCCAGGCCAGUGGUGGCGGCAGUUCCAACACAAAUCUUGUGAUUCCAAGCAAUGAGGAAUGUGGCAUUAGAGAUGUCUGGAAUCACAACUUGCAUGAAGAAUUCCGCACCAUUCGGCAUGUUGUACAGAAAUACACAUUUGUUGCGAUGGACACAGAGUUUCCAGGAGUCGUGGCUCGGCCUAUCGGAGAGUUCCGCAGCACUGCAGAUUACCAGUACCAACUUCUGCGGUGUAACGUGGACUUGCUGCGGAUAAUCCAGUUGGGCCUCACUUUCCUGGACGACAGUGGCAAGACACCACCAGGCUACACCACAUGGCAGUUCAACUUUAAAUUCAACCUGUCGGAAGAUAUGUACGCGCAAGAUAGUAUAGAUUUGCUGCAAAACUCUGGAAUCCAAUUCAAAAAACAUGAAGAGGACGGCAUCGACCCAUUUGAGUUUGCAGCUCUUCUGAUGACUUCAGGAGUUGUGCUGAUGGAUAAUAUCAAGUGGCUGUCAUUUCACAGUGGUUACGACUUUGGAUACCUCCUAAAACUUCUGACGGACUCCAAUCUUCCGCAGGACGAAGGAGAAUUCUUUGAACUUCUGAGGUUAUACUUUCCUGUAGUAUACGAUGUAAAGUAUUUAAUGAAGAGUUGUAAGAACCUGAAGGGUGGACUGCAAGAGGUCGCAGAUCAGCUAGAGUUGCAGCGGGUUGGACCACAACACCAAGCAGGCAGUGAUUCUCUGCUCACAGGAAUGGCAUUCUUCAAGAUGCGAGAGAUGUUUUUUGAAGACAACAUCGAUGAUCAGAAAUAUUGUGGCCACCUGUAUGGGCUGGGUACUUCGUUUGUUGUGAACGGAAACACAUUUCACGACAACGGAGACAACAGCAGUUCGUCAUGAUACAACACUGCCAUCUGUGUAACGGAAAUUGAAACUGUGUACGGAACUGAACAAAUUGUGUAGUAAUGUACCUGCCAACAUCCGGGUUCUUUAUCAGGGGAUUAUGUAGGAUAUUCAUGUUUAAUAUUGUAAAAAUAAAAGAUUUUACCUUGUACCAUACCAAUUAAAUAAUCUUCAUACAUAGACAUAAAUAAUAGUAUUUUUGUUUAUUUUGCUGUUGUGUUUACCUACAACUACUUUUUAAAAUGUAGACUAAAUGUUUAGUUAAAUUUGAUUAUAUUGAAUUUUCAAUUUGGUAGAUUAGAAAAAGAUUAUUCUAGAAAAAAAUCAUUAAUCAGAUUAUUGAUAAAAAUAUUUCAAUUGCAAUCGGUUUCAUAAAAAUUUAUUAAGCUAAAUAAUAAAUGAAUAUCUUAGAAAUCAUUUUUCUUUUGGAAAUCUAAAUUAAUAUCCUUUACAUGCAAUUACCAUUUUUUUUAUUUUUUUUAUUUUACGUCCAAAGUCUCCUGAUAUUUGUGAUCAUGCACAAUAAGUUCCUAUUAUGCGACUUUCAAUCCAGCCCUAGCAAGUAACUGUAAUGAUAAAGCAUUUUCAAUACUUAGUGUUAUUUUAUUGUUAAUUUGUACUAUGAUUUUUGUACUUCUGAUGUAGGUCCUUUGGAUAUUUUUGCACACAUUAAUCAAUUGUGUUUAAUAUAAUAACCCUCACUCUUUGUGACCUGUAUUAUUAUUGUCAUUAAAAUGUUGGUUUUAGAUAUGUCUAUUUCAAGGUGAAA